AGGGGGGUGUCGGCGCACCGCGGAGUGCUGUGCUCUGAGAGCCUGGCGCCGGAGUAGCCGCUUCCCCCUCCCCCUGCCAAGACCUCUCAUCUAUCCUCCCUGGGCCGGGCAAGCUAGGCUGAGGUAUCCCAGGUGGGCGGGGCAGAGCCCAGAGCCCGGUCGAGAGCGCUGCGGAGCGAACCUCACCUCCUUUCCAGGGUGCAAGUGCAGGAGAUUGAAACCUGGGAUGACAAAUACUAAGCAAGUGUUCUGCCACUGAGCUACAACCCCACCCCUGGAGCAUAACUUCUUUAUAUACAUCGUCUAUAUAUGCAAAUCAGUCAUUGUAUGUGGAUGAGCUGUAGGAGCAAAGCCAAAGAAGGAAAACCUUCUUAUGUGUGAGCCAUUGUUCCAUGGUGUGUUGAUGCUGGUCUGCCAUGCUCGCCUGUCUGCCAGGGCCAGGGGACCUGUCCUUUCAGCUUCUUUCUCACACGCAGAUGAACACUGGACCUCAGAAAUGGGACACUACACAGAAAAUGAGAACUGCUCACUAUCCUACCCCAGCCGAAUUGGACGCGUAUGCUAAGAAGGUCGCAAACAACCCACUGACUAUAAAAAUCUUCCCCAACAGUGUGAAGGUUCCCCAGCGGAAACACGUUCGUCGUACUGUGAACGGCCUCGACACAUCAGCCCAGCGCUACAGCCCCUACCCGACUCAGGCUGCCACCAAGGCAGGCCUGCUUGCCAUUGUCAAAGUGCCAGCCAAAAGCAUACUCAAGGACUUUGACGGCACCCGAGCCCGGUUACUACCUGAGGCCAUCAUGAACCCCCCAGUGGCACCCUAUGCUACUGUGGCACCCAGCACUUUAGCCCAUCCCCAGGCCCAGGCUCUGGCCCGUCAGCAGGCCCUGCAGCAUGCACAGACCCUGGCCCAUGCCCCUGCCCAGACGCUGCAGCACCCUCAGGGUAUCCCGCCACAACAGGCACUGUCUCACCCUCAGAGCCUCCAGCAGCCUCAGGGCCUGGGCCACCCUCAGCCCUUGCCCCAAGCCCAGGGCUUGGUCCACACUCAGGCCCUGGCCCACCAGGGUCUCCAGCACCCCCCCAACCCCUUGCUGCAUGGAGGCCGGAAGGUGCCAGACUCAGAUGCCCCCCCGAAUGUGACCGUGUCUACCUCAAGUAUCCCCCUUUCGAUGGCGGCAACUCUGCAGCACAGCCAGCCCCCGGACCUGAGCAGCAUCGUGCACCAGAUCAACCAGUUUUGCCAGACGAGGGCAGGCAUCAGCACUACCUCAGUGUGUGAGGGCCAGAUCGCCAACCCCAGCCCCAUUAGUCGCAGUCUGCUCAUCAAUGCAAGCACGCGGGUCUCGACCCACAGCAUCCCCACACCAAUGCCUUCCUGUGUGGUCAAUCCCAUGGAGCACACCCACGCGGCCACGGCCGCAUUGCCUGCUGCAGGCUCUGUCAACCUGCCCACAAGCAUCUCUCGAGCCCCUGCUGGCUACCCUAGGGACCUCAAGCCAGUUGCCUGGAACCAGCACCAGCUGGUUCACUUACAACAGAUGUGCAGCGAGGCUGGUGGGACGCCAGCCCCUGGCCUGGCAGGCAAGCAUGCAGCAGGACGUGAGUUGGCAGGGCCUGGCUUUGUGGGCAAAGCCCCUACCUACCCGCAGGAACUCUGCCUGGCACAGUCCUUCCAUCUGAAGCCACCCCUGGAGAAGCCAACCCCAUCCCCACCAGUCAACGGCCUGGCAGCCCCACUGGCCUACCCUAACGGUCACUACUUCCAACCCCUGUGGAACAACAUUCUGCCCACUCCUAAUAGCGACAGCUCGGGGUCUCAGGACCUUGCCAUGCCAUUCCAUGGCGGGCAGGCCACAGGUGCACCCCUUGACUGUGCAGCAGUUCCUGGGGCCCACUACCGAGCAGGGACUGGGGGCGGUCCAGUGGCAAGCCAGAACAGCUUGAUGCAAACAGUGGAUUACCUGAGUGGGGAUUUCCAGCAGGCCUGCUUUCGAGAACAGAGCCUGGCCAUGCUGAGCAAGGCCCACCGAGCCCCUGGCAGCCGAGCCCCUGACCCCACAGAUAGUCGAAGUCUUCAUAUUCAGCAUCCGGGGUAUAGAUAGGGAGGCAUGGUACUUUGCUGAAGCAACAUGUCAUACAUCUACAUCGCCCUCCUAGGUUUAGUCUUACUUUUAAGUAACUGGAUAGUUUCAAAGUUUCGCUGCUCCAAUGUGAUCAUUCUUAGAUGUCUGAGGAAGGGAACGUGGCAGGAACUAAUUGGGGGCAGAAGAGGUCCUCUUAAUCCUCCCCUCCAGCAACUUGUGUUUUUAUCUUAGAACCUAACUCUAACACUAGGCUUUUAUCUUCUCCACUGCCUGCCAGGCUCUCCACCUCAGCCAUUUCAGACCAUCCUCCCAUCUUUUCCUGAACCUCUGACGAGAACUGGGAUGUGACUAAAGGAAGGGGCCUAGGCCCCUUCGCUCUAGGCCCUUUGUCUUGCUCUUUGGGAUUAAGAAGCCAGACUUUCCAGUGCUCUAGAAGCUAAUUCCUUAUUCACCCAAAGAUCUCAAAUCAAAACUAACCCAAUCUUCGUCUCCUUUCCCUUACGCAAGGCCAUAGCCUUGAAAAAUGGAGAAAAAACCCUUUCUAUUGGUGUCUUGGUUCCUGACUUUCCUUCCAGACGUAGCAAAAUGCAGUGGGCAGCUGGCAUCCCAAGAUUCCUUCUCACCAUUGUCUGUCUCCUAACUUAACUGCUGUUCUCAUCCCUACCCCCCUUUUCCCUUCAAAAAAAAAAAAAGCAAAAAAAUAAACUACCUUACUUGAGAAAUUAGGUAGGUGAGGGAUGAUCACAUUGGAGUUUGGAAUUAAAAAACACCAAAAAAGGAAAAAAAAAAAAGUUAAAAUGCAUUUGGUUCUCCCUACACUGGCUAAGAAUAUUGCUCUACACUGUAAGUUUUAAAUGUCAUGUUUCUGUAUGAAUGUAGUGAGGGUUUGAGUAGCAGUGUGUAUGAGUGGCCCCACAGGUACACUGACCCUCUUAAUCAUCUCCCUUUGCAGCCCCUCAGAUUAAUGAAGGAGAAAAAAAAAAAAAAAACAACACAAAGCCUUAAGCUCUUUGAAUUCUUCCUCUACCAAAUGAGCAUGGUUGUAAACUGCUGGAAAUGGGCCUAUGUUGGAAACAGCCCUUCCCGCCCCUGCCCAUUCUUAGAGCAUCCCCCAUCCACUCCAUGCUCUGUCUCAUUCCUAAGUGAUAAAUUAGUUGGCUAGAAAUGUAACUCUUCUCUGUAACUUUAUAUUUUAUUGUAAAUCUUUGCACCCCUCUUCUGAUAAAAGAUGCAGUUGGGCUCUGACAUUUUUUUAAAAAAACCAAAUAAGCCCUUACUUUUCCUCGUUUGGGGGAAUGUGAGCUGAUACUGAAGGUUUUGGGUUCUGUUUACUGUCCACUCUUCUUAGCCAGAAAUUCUCUAGUGAUCUGAAGCAGUGUGACUGAAGACCAGUUUUUAAAUUAUGUGUUGGCAAGUUGCCUUAUGUUUAAAAAAAAAAAGCCUGAUUGUGUUAUGCCAAAUGAUAGCAACAUGAAGUCCUAAUUUAUUGUCCUAAUUGUUUUACUGCCCUCUGUGAACACUGGUACCUCCCUGUCCCUGAGCCCUCAGGAGCCCCUGCAGCUUCUGGUACAAUGCCUUCUCCCCAGGUGUUGACUACCGUCUUUCCCAGGGUCCCCUUCCAGGUCCCACUUUUUGGAAUCAAACUUAAAAGAGCAGUCCUGUCUCCCUUACCUCUUGCUUGAUCUCCAAAUCAGAUUUUCUUGCGGAAAUCCCCCCCCCCCCCCGACACACAAAGCCUCUCCCUGAAGCUGCCACUAUAAGAAACUGGACCAGACACCAACUUGGCUUUAAGUCAACCUCAAACCCAUCUCUUCCUGUGUAGGGGUGCAAGUUUCUGAAGCUCACUCCCACCCCUAGUCUGCAUGGAAAAUGUACUGCCCACCCCUACAAAUGCCCUCAUCUCUGGUGUGAGAUGUUUCCUAGUUCAACCUGAGUCCCCCUGCCCCUCUGCCAGCCAACCCCUAACCAGCAAUAAAGGUCCAAGCCAGGGCCUCCUAUCUAUACUCUUUGCCUCCAUCCCGUGCCAUCCCUAGGGAAAACCUGGAUUCCCCACUCUAUCCAUAUACUGUAGCAUUCAUUCUCCAUCUCUCACCUCACCUGUGGUGGUUUAUGGGUGUGAUGGGGUUUUUAAGAUUAUUAUAAACCAGUAAAGAGAAAAAACUCACCUUUUGACCUUGUCCUAUUCCUUUAAUGCAGUGAAUGUUUGAGGUGGUUUUUUUCUUAUCUAGAAGGGGACUGAUUCCUUUGUGUGAUGGUGGUACCCAAGUCCUCCCCAAUGCAUUACCCCAGGUAAGGUGCUGGGCAGUUGUAGGGUAUGACUAGACAGUUCAGUCAGCAGCCCUGGGGUGGGGGUGGGGGUGGGAGGAUGAUAGCCCAUGUUUUGCCAGGGCCUCAGUGUGCAGUGAUGGAUGAGUAUGGUUUGCUGCCUCACUGGAGGCAGAGUCCUACCACAUUUUCACUCCAAAGGCAUCAAAGAAAUGUCAUCUUAAUUUGCCAGUAAAGCCAAUGGAAAAAUUUAAACCUUUCUUCCUCCAACACUAUUUCUAAGGGUCUAAUGGGUAAAGGUAAUGAGUGCUAUAAUCUGUAACAUGAAAACUGCCCUGCCCUUUGUGAUUUGAAUUUUCUCAUGUAUCAAAUAGGAAAACUUGUCCUUUUAUCUACAGGGGAAAUAAACCAAGAGAUAUUUGAACUACA